GCCAACAAAACUCCAUACUUCGCUUCCAGACGAGAAUCGGGAAACGAACAAGAAGAAGAAGAAGAAUCUCUGGGAAUCCAGCCACGAUCACGAUGCAUCUGCUGAAUGCGGUGAUGGUGGGUCGGAUGCUUACUCGCAACCCUGGCCUAGAAGAGGAGGUCAUCGGUGGUGGCAUUCCCUUUGGGUCACUCUGGUGGUUUAUCUAUGCCGGGAUCUCCUGUUUCCUCGUCCUCUUUGCUGGAAUCAUGUCCGGUUUAACCCUUGGGCUCAUGUCUCUCGGCCUCGUCGACCUCGAGAUUCUUCAGCGCAGCGGUACUCCAACCGAGAAAAAGCAAGCUGCGGCAAUACUUCCUGUGGUUCAAAAGCAACACCAGCUGCUAGUAACUCUGCUUCUCUGUAAUGCUGCUUCAAUGGAGGCCCUUCCAAUAUACCUUGAUAAACUAUUCAAUCAGUAUGUAGCUAUCAUUCUCUCGGUGACUUUUGUUCUAGCUUUUGGGGAGGUUAUUCCACAAGCAAUUUGUACUAGGUAUGGUCUUGCUGUUGGUGCCAACUUUGUAUGGCUCGUGCGGAUUUUAAUGAUAGUCUGUUAUCCAAUAGCAUAUCCCAUUGGAAAGGUUCUGGAUUGGGUAUUGGGACAUAAUGAGGCUUUAUUUAGGCGUGCUCAGUUAAAAGCUCUUGUCUCCAUCCACAGCCAGGAGGCUGGGAAGGGGGGUGAACUUACCCAUGAUGAGACUACAAUUAUCAGUGGAGCUCUUGAUUUGACUGAGAAGACUGCUGAGGAGGCCAUGACUCCUAUUGAAUCAACCUUUUCUUUGGAUGUAAAUUCAAAGUUGGACUGGGAAGCGAUGGGAAAAAUUCUUGCUCGUGGUCAUAGCCGAGUUCCUGUCUAUUCUGGAAAUCCUAAGAAUAUUAUCGGGCUUCUUCUAGUCAAGAGUCUACUCACAGUGCGUCCAGAAACGGAGACCCCUGUCAGUGCUGUUUCUAUCCGGAGAAUUCCAAGGGUUCCAUCAGAUAUGCCUCUUUAUGAUAUACUAAAUGAGUUCCAAAAAGGCAGCAGUCAUAUGGCUGCUGUUGUCAAGGCCAAGGGAAAAGGCAAGAUUAUUCCACCAACAAUUGAUCAAGAGAAACAUAAAGAGUCCAAGAUUAAUGGUGAGAAUAUGCAGUUGACUACUCCAUUGUUACAGAAGCAGGAUGAGAAUUCAGGAAGUGUUGCUGUUGAUAUUGACAAGCCUUCAAGGCCUGCCAACUUCAAUAAGCAAACUGCUUUGCAACGUGGUGAUGCUCCAACAAGUGGUCUGGAGGAUAUUGAAGAUGGUGAAGUGAUUGGUAUCAUCACUCUAGAAGAUGUAUUUGAAGAACUUCUGCAAGAGGAGAUUGUAGAUGAGACAGACGAAUAUGUUGAUGUCCACAAGAGAAUACGUGUGGCUGCAGCUGCUGCUGCUUCCUCAGUGGCACGCGCUCCAUCAGUGCGGAGGUUGACUAGCCAGAAGGCAGCAGGAGGUCAAACAAAGCAGGGGCCAACCCCAAAGAAAUCUGCUGAAGAUACCCUGAAUUCUGCAAGAUCUCAGAUAAAUUCUGGAGAGCCCCAUGCGAAUAGGGGUUGAUCCCUCCUCUCGAAUAAAGGGAUCUGCAUUAUGUAUCAGCACUAUGCAAUGUGAUGUUAAUAUUUUUGUUUGAUCUUCCUGUAAUAAUACGUUAUUAAUUUUACUUGGGAAUAAUUGUUCAAAGAUUUGGUUUGGUUCGAUUUUGAGCAAAAAGCUAAACCAAACGAAAUCAAUUGAUUUGGUAUAAUUGUAGACCUCUUUGGUUUAAGAUGAAGUUAGGCUCCGUUUUGAAGUUAGUUGGGCUUUGUCAUGCUAAUUUAUAGUAAACGGACACUAAACGUGGCAUCUCUUUCCACGGGAUUUGAACUUGUGUGUAGAAAAAAAGAUUGUACUUGCUA